ACCCGUGCGCCUCAGGGCAGGAGCAACGCCAGCAUCCCUGGGGACUGCCCUGUAACGCCAGCUCGCUGCCCCCGCAUGCCUGCCUGCGCCGGGGAGGCAGCUGGGCACCCCCGCACCCCCUCCGGGCUUCGCGUGUGGGAGGCCAGCCCCCGCGCAGGCUGCCAGCUCUUCUUCUGGCACCGAUCCCUCUGCAGCUCCUGCAAAUUGGCAGAAAGCUUCCCCCGGGGGGCCGAGGCACCACGGACCCAGGCUACGUGUGGCCGAGCCAGCCCAGCAUCCCAGGGGACCGCUCCUGGCAGUGUCCCUGCCUCCAGCCGGAUGCUGCCGGGAGGGUCCGCAGGCUUUUGAGAGUGGGGGAACCCCACCCCGCGUGCGAGACCCCAGCAGGAGCUCGGCAGCAGCUGCAGCAGAGCUGAGCAGAACGAUGCAAGAUGUCUGGAGACGGCCAGCUACCGGCAGGAGCGCGUGGGAGAGGAGCUGCCCGCCACGGGGCUCUGCCUGCGCGCGGGAGGGACCACACAGACGCUUCGCCGUCCGGCCCUUCGCAGCCUUGGGACGCCUGGAAAGAGCAGCACAGAUUUUCCAUCCGCCCCCGGGCUGGGUCCCCCCUCCAGUGGUGAUUCGGCCCAUCUGGCGCUUCUCUCUUCUCUCCAAAGCGACUUUGGAGCCAGCAAAGACCGCAGGCGCUACUUGCAUCGUGGCUCUGACUGAAGGGACUGGGCUUCUGCAGGUGACACCUUGUAUCCAAGGCCCCAGAUGUCUUCCUUGCUGUGCUGUGGCCACCCAGAUCACCACUCUCCAGCCAGCCACGUGUAGGCCAUCAGCUGCUAAGGUGGAGAAACUGGCAGCAAUUGGCGCUGGAGCCCACUGGGACUCUCUGAGAACCUGGAGCUGGGCUUGGGCAUCAGAAGAUGGACAUGACACCCAGGUAAGGGCUGGUCUUCACGGGUCCCUCCCUGGCUGCUUGGACAGUCACCUCCCUUCCAGAAAUGCUCUGCCCCAACCACACUCGCUGCGGCACAGCUCCCCAGAGCCUCGCUCCUGCCUAGCAGAGCAGAACCCGCUGGAGGGAGAUUUGUGGGUGGUUGAUGCUCGGAGCAAACUUUGGUGGGGGAAGGGGGGAAGGGGCAGGUGCCCAAAGCCUGCGGGCUUAAUGGGGGGGAUUUGCAGCUGUGCAGGCAGGGAGAGCCUGGAGGUUCGUGCAGCCACCCUGUCCCUUCCACCACUGGCUUUGCAAGACGUAAGGGCUGUUUCGGAGGGGCUGGGACGGGGAAGUGACUUUGCACCAGCAGAUCCAAUCCUGGCACACUUGAGGCCACGCACGUUGCUGAAGCAGGCUGUGCCCCAAGCUGGAGAGUCUGCAGAUAAACCCCGGGAGAGCUCGACAAGAGCUGAGGACGUUUCCGAUGGAGGCAGACAGGACACUCAGCCUACUUAGUUUAUCAGGAAGAAGAUCAAGGGGCGGCUUGAUUACAGUCACAAGGACCUUGGUGCAUAAGUACCUUGGCAGAAAUAACAAGCCAGGUACUUAAGAGCUCUUUAAUCUAGCAGGGAAAAGCAAAACAAGGGCCAAUCGCUCCACAUUUCCAGCAGUCCGAGUGAUUAACUCCAGAAUGAGAAGCAGGAACCCAGGCUGCCUUCCCAGGGCUGCUGCAGGGCUGGCUGGGGUCUCCCACCCUAGCAUCACCUGGAGCAGCGUAUUUUACCUUAAUGGAAGGUACAAGAAACUUCUGGAGAUGGCAGAGGAGCUGUGGGGCUGAGGCAGCGCGGGGUGACCCAUUAAAUGCUUGGGCUGCAGAGGGCACACCUCUUCUCGGCAGGCGAGGUGGCCACCGCUGGUGCUUGGGACAAGGCAGGGUACAGGUGGCAUUGUCCGGGAGCAGGGGGGAGCAUGGCAUGGGGCGGGUGGCUCUGGCCAGGGAAUCUGCAACAUGGCAUUUUGUUGAGAUUGCAGCCGAAAGCUCUUUGUGCCAGAGGGAUCUCCAGCUGCUGAGGUUCAAGCUUCUGAGCAGAGGGCAAAUUGAUCCCCUCUCUGCAAGCUCACAAACCCGACCAAAAGCUCCUGAGGCCACAGGGGAGCUGGAUCACCUGGCAGCACCGGGGGCUGAUCCCAGUAAUGUGCCUCUGGGAUCUCCUGCUGGACACAGCUAACAGGUACCAGGCAGCUGCAUCUUCAUCGUGCCAAAAGCGUGGUGAAGCCGAAGUAGGAACAGAGCGCUUCUCUCACGAAGCCAUUCGUGUUUCUAUUUAAAUCCUAUUUUUCCCCUUGUUUUUACAGUUUGCUGGUUAAAAAUCAACAGCCUGGCCAGGGCCCUGUUGCAAAGCAUCGGGAAAAGCCCUGGCUUGGGGGGGGUGGUGCAGGGCCCCCCGUGCAGCCCUGACGCCCGGCGUGCCGCCAACGGGGCUAACAAAAGGCCAGCAGCGGGGCCAGCCCGUGCUGGGAGCGCCGCGGAGCCCAUGCUGAAUAGCUCUUCCCGCACAGAGGAAGGCAUGAAGAGGCGUAAUCAAAUAAGGGUAUCAGCAUGGUGCUCCUUGAACGGCACUCCCAGCGUGAGCCGGCGGCAGGGCCGGGCGGAGGUGACAGGUAUCUUUAUCCCGCCACGCAGGAGAGCUCCAACGUCCCGCUGGCAGGAAUUUGUCUGCAAAUUUUCCCCCAUUGAAUGGAGCGCGGGGGCCGGCAAGGCGCGGGCUGAGAUGAUCGCUUGAUUAAGGCCGGGGCAGGCGAGGUGGAGAGACGGGGCAGCUCCCAGGGAGCCGUGCUCCCAGCCCUUAACCUCUCCUCGGGAGACCGCAAAUUAUAUCUGUUAAUGUAUCAGCCCCCUGGUAUCCUACAAAUAAGUCGUCUGGCUAAGUGCAUGUCAGACAUUCGCAGGAGGAGUUGUUACCUUUUCAUCACUUAAUCAUUUUCAUCAUCAUCAAUUAAUUCAUCUUGCAAUAAACUUUAACCCAGUGCGUCCUGGGGAAGGCAGGUGAAGAGGCUUACCAGCCCAGCUGGACUGUAAACACAAGCAGGAGGCACCGGCUGCAAAAGGGGUUUGAAGAGCAGAGGGAAACAGUUUUCCCCGCUCCCCUGUGGAAAUGGGAAACCCUCUGCCACGGGGACAGGAGUAUUCCCAGCCCCGCUUCCCAUUCCGCUCCCCUGCCAGCUGGGAUGUGCAGAGCCAGGGUCCCCCUACACCGGGGACCAGGAGUGUCCGGAGGAAGGAUGCUCCCCCGGCGUACCGGGGCUGGGGAUGCGGGGGGGGCACUUCAUGCACUCCCCCUGGGUGCCAGAAGUGAUUUACGCAGUGCACCCGAGAGCAGAGUCAAUUAAGGUCACAUUUCUGUGUUGCUAAACAACAGGCGGCUCUGGGUUCAGGCCUGCUGAAAAGAAAACAAAAGCCACCCCUUGAAACGGGGGCUUUGAGAGGGUUCAAAGGAGCACGAAACAAAAGGCGGGCUUUGUGGGCUGCCCUCGCCCGCGCCUUCCCGGGCCCUUCCGCCACCAGAGACACCGUUAAUGUGGCAAGGGGGAGUUUUUAAUUGUCCGGCACAAACAAUGCUGGCAUAUUUAGGCCGGCCUCAUUACAGAGCCAUCCGAAAUGCUUGAGAAGCAUUCCCACCGCUUAGCAUAAAUAGCAGAAACACUCUUUCACGAGCAGAGCAGGUCCCAUCUGCUCCCAGCCCGUCCUCACCUUGACUUGCAAUGGCAAGCCCGCGGGGUCGGCCCCUCCGCCCCGCUGCUCCCAAACCCCAGCGCAGGGACCUGCCUCCCUGCCCUCAGGUCACCCCGCCGUAGGGUGCUGCCCGGCCCCCGUGGGAGCGGAGGGCAGGAGCUGUGGGGAUUUGCAGCGAGGGGUGCUCGACCGAAUUGGCCGGUGUGGCAGCUCCGGCUGGGGUUUGCUCUGCCUGCCUGGCUCCAGCGGCUUCGCCACGGGUGAUGGGGGUCUCGAGGGGCAUCACGCACGGCUCCUGACUGGACAAGGCUAUUCGCACACAGCCCUCCUGGGUCCUGGCUGAUGUCCCUCAUGGGGAAUGAGACGGAGAAGGUCUCGGGGACCCUCCCCAGCGGGGCUGAGCCUGAAUCGGAAAUAACACAGACAUUUCGCAGAGAGACCCAAACCCAACUGGGGACCGGGGUCUGGGCUCUUGACGGCCACAGCUGUUUCAGGUUUACACCCCAUUGCACUUACUGGAGCUCCCUACCAGCUUUCCAGUUGGUGCACGGGGGCCCUUGACCCCAGCAGAGUGUCCCAGCAGCCCCUUGCAGCAAGCCGUGCCGGCAGGCCAUCCCCCAGCCCGGGCAGAGGAGCACGUGGCUGGGAGGGGGCUGCCCUGGCAGGGACGCAGCCCCCCGGGGCUGGGAAACGGCACGGCUGCAGAUGCCGCGGGGUCAGCUGCCAGGGCCAAGCCCAGCCAUGCGCCUGGCAUUUCCCGGGCAAGCGGUGCUGACAGGUUGUAGCCCGACAGCCAAGGCCGGGGCAGAGCUGUGCCAAGUGGGGCGGCGAGGCUGCCGGCACCCCGGGGCUGGAGAGCCGGCACCGAGGCACGGAGACAAGGCAGCCCCAGUCCCUCAGGCAGGGGGUCCCUGAGGGGGCUGAGCUCCCCUCCCUGCACCAGGGUGGCUGCGAGUGGUAAAGGCACCGUGACCAUCCACCCUGCGUGUCCCACACGCACGGGGAGCACAAGGACCCCUUUGCAGCCCAAGCAGGUUCUGUGCUCCCCACCCUGCCUGGUUCCCCUGCUUUCCCCCAGGACUUGUAGCUCCCGUCCCUGGAGCGAGCCGCCCCGGCAGCCGCGAGCAGCCCGGUGCAGGGCAGCCGGGGCGGCGAGCCUGUUUUCACCGCGUGGGUCCUGGCAAAGAGCCUUGUCAGCCCACAGGGAUCAAAGCGAGCAGCGUUUCCCGACCGAUACCUGAUCCUGGAGCUGGAAGGGAGCCGGGAGGCUGCCGAGUGCCUCCUGCACCGCUCCCACCGCCACGCAGUGCCGAGCGUGCCGAGGGCCCCGCGCCGCCGGGCUGCGUUUUAUGGCACCGUGGUUUCUGCCAGCUCCCUCCUCCCCUCUUUUGCCUCCCCUUUCUUGGAGGCAACCAGCUCCCCACGCCCCACAGUUUAUUAAAAAUCCCGGGUACCUUGGAAGAGACAACACAAUAGUGUACUUGUUACAGCUGCCUCGUAUUAAUGGACUGCCCCUUUUGAUUUUAGAGUGGAACUUUUGGCAGAAAACCAGCAUCCAAAAAGGAAAAUGGCUGUAAAACUCAGCAAAAGGGGGGGGGCGGGGGGGGAAGCCCCCAGCUUUGAUCAGAAAGGCUUGAAGAUGAAUCGCAGUGAUGCCCAGGCAGAUUUGCUAGAGGUGAAGUUCAGUUGCAAAGAGGGGAGCCAGGGCAGGCGCAGAGGGGGCUGGCCGGGGCUGCGAUGGGGCUGGGGUGGAAGGCAGCCACGGCAGCCAGAGGUUCAAAGGCCUCUGCAGCGAGGAGCAGAAUUGGAGGAUUAUUCACUUUCUAUAUUUUCACUCCUGCAGCACACAUGGGAAUCUAAUUGGCCAGGAUGAGAAAUACAGCCAGACAGCUUACAAGUGGGCUCAAGAAGACAUAAAAAUAUUUGCAGCUGCAAGCCAUUAAAGGCGAACCCAGCCUCGCUCUUACACUUUAAUUACCCUGCUGUACGCUCUCCUCCACGUACCAGAGCUAACGUCAGUUCAAAAACCUUUCUGAUCUUAAAAGGCCAAGCACAACGCCUGGCUGCACUGGGGCGGCAGGGCUCCGGCACAGCGAGGGCUGCACACCUCGCAGGGUGUCCAGGCAACAGCUCUCACCCCACCGCCCCAACACAGACCCCGACACUGCUCCUGCAAGGCUGACAGCAGCCCUGACCCCCCCCCAGAAGGGGUUAGCUUGGCUUUUUAUGGAGGGAGGGAGCCCAGUCUCUUGGGGUCAGGGGCUUCCCGUGCUCUGCAGGGUCUGGCCAAGCUCGUCCCUGCACCUCCCUGCAGGGGCGGCGUGUGGCAAAGCCCUUUUUGGGGCGAUGGCGGCAGGUGUGUCCUCCCGCAGCCUCCCCAGCCGUCACUGCUGCUUCUGCAUCGCAGCCUAGCCGCUUAUUCCCCAGGAUCCAAAAGCACUUGCUGGGGAGAUUUCUCCCUUCUCAGCACCCGGACCCACCCCGAUGGCUGGAGGCAAAGGGUGACGGAGGGACCCCAUCUCCCCGUCUCCCCCACGGCAGCUCCACGUCCAGGUCACUCUUCCCAGUGCUAUGGGCACUGCAGGCUACCCAGGGGACGAUGCCGCCCACAGCCGCCGUGCAGCCACCCCAGGGUGCUGGCGGCUCAGCACUGCCCGCAGGGGGGCUCUGGAUUCGGUGCGGGGUGGCGGGGCGGCAAUCCCGGCCCAGCCCGGCCGGCCACCGCCGUGCUGCUCCCGGCUCCUUGGCUGCUCAUUUCCUUUUCCGCUUCUGCAGUGACACCAAAGAUGUUAUUGCAGGUGCCGGCCCUGGCCCCGCUCGCUCCCCCGCAUGGUUCACCCGGCUUCUCCUGAAACCUGAGGAGAACUGAACUCAUUCUAUGCCAUUUUAUUUCAAUGCUCUGAGGGUUAACCUUGUGCCAGGCAUUUUUAAUCCAGCUAUAAACACGGGAGAGCAGAGGGACUGCAACCUUGCUUAAUGGGGCAAUUUUUUAUUGAUUAGUUUGAAGCUUUAAUGCAAUCUCCUUCCAAAUGCAUGAGCUGGCCGGGAAGAGGGUGUUUGAGUCUGGACUCAUUUUAAUUGAGCUUGAAGUUGCUUGGUGGCACCAAAGGGGCAUUGCAGGAUGUGGGCAAGGACCCCAAAAGAUGGGGAAAGACCCUCAGGUGGAAGACCUGAAAUGAAUAUAUGGUGUUUGCGCUAGUUUGAGACGUUAAACCCAGGUGGGUGCACGGGACAAGAGGAAGACCUGCCUGGAACUGCUGGUGCUGGGACUGUGCACCGCGGUGUAGGCAGGGAGCUCGCCGGUCCUGAGUCCCCACAGUGCUGGUCCUGGGGUGCUGAGAGCUGCCCUGCUUCUGGGGCAGAUGCUUCAAGUCCUGCAAGGAAAUGCAGGGACAGGCGGGCUCAGGAGCCCCGUGCUGCCCGAGGACAUCUCUGCUGGAGCCAGCGUGCCGGGGGUGACGCGGUGUCACCGGCACUGCCGGGGGGCCGAUGGGCACGGCACAGCACAGCACAGCCUCGCAGGCGGGACGGCACAGGGGCAGCGACGCAGCACUGCCGGCAGCCCUCCACGCACAGACGGCCGUGAGCAGGACCCAGCCUUUCUCUCUCCUGCCCCAAACCCUGCCAACCUGGCAGGAGCUGGCAGGGAGGGCAGAGAGGGUGCCGUGCCCCGGGAGCCCACCUGUGCCCGAGGAUGGGGAGGAGGCGGCCGCAGCCCCGGCCGACAGCUGGGGAGAGCAAAGCGAAGGCUAAAUAAGGAUGCUGGCCGCUCCUGGCUGCCAGCCCAGUGCUGCCCCCACAAAUCACCCAGUGGCAGAUGAAAAUCAAACCCCGAUGGGAAGACGAUGCCUGGGGCCGGGCUGAGCGCCAAAGGAGUGAUGUUAGUCCCUCCACGGGGUGCAGGCCAGCAGGAACCUUUCUGGGCAUCGUGUCCCCAGCGGGAAUUUGCUGUGAGCCGGUCUCACCCCUGGCAGGGGGCGGAGGUUCCCUGUGCCCCCCAGGAGAGGACUGGCCGGGGGACUCGUCUCGGGGUCGGGGAGCCGGGCGGCCGUCGCCUGCCCAGGUCGGCAUCGGGGCUGCUCCUGGCUCUGCCCCGCUCGGCUGCUCCCGGCCCCUGCCGAGCCCCGGGGGGCAGCACGGCGGGGGGAGCGGGGGCUCCAGAUUGGAACCACAUGGAAGCACAUUUGCAACAAAUUAGGCCGGGAGCCAGCAGCUCUUGCUUGGCCGGGUGUGCAGCCAAUCUUUGGGGAUUGUCAGCUCCUCCCAGGUUUCCACAGCGGAUGUUCCCUGGCCAGCGUGCAGCUGGGCUCCGCGCAAAGCUGCGGCCAAGGCAGCCCAGAAGGAGAUGAGCACACGCGCGGGCAGGGACCCCCGCCCGCAGGCGCAGCCCCGCCGGGUCGAGCGGGCCCCUGCGCGCUCCCCGCCUCAGCCAGGGAUGCUUUUUUGGGGUGAGGAUGCCCCAGCGCUCCGGGGGAGAGGAGGUGGCGCGCCCGAGGGGUCCUUCAGCCGCUUCCCAGCCUGGCAGCCCUGGGGCGAGGGGGCAGCUGCAGCGGGCAUGAUGUCUCCCUGCCUGCCCCGGCUCACCAACCCCUCGAGCUGCACCCAAAAUUCAGCAGAUGGGGAGCCGCGGCUCAAGCACUGGUGUGAAAUCACCUCUCAGGGAUACCUGAGAAAAGGGCUGAUGUGAGAAGUGGGGAAGAAAAGCUCCGCCUGGCAGCCCUCCCGGGGGGGGUGUGUGUGUGUGUGAGAGGGUUAAACCAGUGGUACAGAAAGGCUUUGAAUGUGCAUGUCAAAGAAUGACACUAACAACUCAUGUGACAACCUGCCAGGAAAACUUUUCAGAUCAUAAUUCGCAUAGCGUUUGUAUCAUGUUCCCUUCCUGUUUAAAAAGGCAAUAUGGAAACCGUGCAAGGGGUUAUUUGCUGGUCAGGCCGGUUUGCUGGUUAGACUCCCUGUCACACGCAUCCCUUUAGGAAGUGAUGCCACUGUAACAGACAUCAUUUCUAAAAAUAACACCAUCCCAUG